AUGUCUUCAAAUUCCUCGACGACGCGUCCGAUUGUCUUUAUGGACAUUCAAAUUGGUGAAACACCGGCAGGACGCAUCAAAUUCGAACUAUUCAGUGAUAUUGUUCCCAAGUCCGACCCAUUACUCAAGGCAGCGAACAGGAAGCUGACCACUUGGUCUAUAGGGGGCAACUUUCCAUCGGCAAAUAUCCUACCACGAUUCACAGGAAUCUUCUUUAACCAACGCACAGGCGGAGAUUUCAUCAAGGGUGAUGGAACGGGGUCCUUCUCUAUCUACGGAGACAAGUUUGCGGAUGAGAACUUUAUCGAGAAGCAUACUGGCCCGGGUCUCCUUUCGAUGGCAAACUCAGGCCCCAAUACCAAUGGCUGCCAAUUCUUCAUUACCACCGCCAAAUGCGACUUCUUGGACGGCAAGCACGUAGUCUUCGGAAAAGUCAUCGACGGAAUGCUUACAGUGCGAAAAAUCGAGAACGUUCCAACGGGUCCCAACAAUCGACCCAAAUUGACUGUCAAGAUCACAGAAAACUCUCUCGAAUACUGA